AUGUUAUAUCCGACGGAAUUAGAUUUGUUCAUAUCCGUUUGCUUCAGUGGUGGCUUCAAUGGAAAGCGGCCGGCAACAGUGCGAUUCACACUUACUGCAGGAACUUGGCGACGGGGUUUUGGCCUGAGCGUACCGCUAACGAUGGGUGAUUGGGGUAGGGUGCUCUCCCGUUCCACAGAAAUAACCACUUUGUUAGAUGACGAGGAAACCACUGAUGUCGUGGCCCAGAAAAUUGCCAGUUGCUGGGAUGAUGACCUCGGUGAGGCGGUUCCCGACUCUUGGGAUGCCGAGGAACCGAAACCAAAACCACAGCCAGUGGCGCCUGCUCCGGAGAAACUCACAUUGGCAGAAAGACUCAGACUAAAAGAGGAAAAGCGCCGCAAGGAGAAGGAGGAGAAGCUUAAGCGUGAAGAGGAGCUCAGGGCAGAGCAGUCGAUGACAGAACUACAACGUGAAAGGCUUGCGGAGGAGGCUGAACUGGGUUUAUUGCAGGAUACUUUUGGAGCGGCACCUGUAGUACCAGACACAAAAAACAGCAUAGAUGCUUGUGAACCAAGAACGAAAGAAGAUUUCAACGUUCUCAAUGACCUUUUACAGGCGAAACUGAGGAAAAUUGAAAAAUCACCACACUAUAGUGCGUUUGCUGAAAAGCUGAUCCGCGAUGCAAUGACAGAAGUGGACGUGGAUGCGCUGAAGUCUUUGAGCACUGCCAUUACAGCGUUGGUAACUGAGAAGCAAAAGCUUGUCAAGGGUAAAAUCAAAAAGAAAGGCAAAGGAAAACUCCUGGUUGAACGCGAAAACGAUUACAACUUUCAGGAGGAUAACAUUGAACCGGACGAAUAUGACGACUUCAUGUAAACAAACUGGGUUGUUUUCUGUGAUUGCCGCCUGGAGCAACAUAUGAGCUUCCGAUUAACGGUCAAGUCUAGAGUCAAACGGGCACCAGCCCAUCUAUCCAUCCUACCGGUUUGUUUUCCUACCCCUCGAUUGAUCUUGUGGUGUUGAAGAGGGCCCUACCUCCCUGCUUUUCAUACUUCGUUCGCUGAGAAUCCUUUGUACGAUAUUGUCCUGUGGAGAGACUGGGGUCCACCGCUUCUGAAAAAGCCUGUAAAACAGUUUUCCAUUAUCUUUAUAUUUACAAAUAAAUGUCGGAUGGUUUUGAUAUGGAAAAUGAUUGGCUGGAUUUCGAAAUCAGAAUACGAGGGAUCUGUGAGAGACCGCUGUAACGAAAAAGAAGGGAAAUAUUAUAUGAAGACAGCCAAUUGAGCUAAAAUUUGGAAAACAAAGCCAGAGUUGCUGAGUGGUUAAGGAGAAAAUAGGAGUGUUGAAUGUUAAAACACGCGUUAGGCAGAUGUUAAAUCCUCUCUCUCGUGCAAUAUUGGUUUUCCCUGGGGAUAAAAUGGACACAUCAAAAUCUCACUC